AUGGGCCACCAUUGGGGAAGGAGACAUAAAAGCAAGCAUGGAGCUUUAUUUGCAGCAAACUCUAAGAAGCAGGACGCGGAUGAAGCUGCUGUAAGAGGUGGAGCUCUUGUGCUUCCGGAACCUGGGGAGGAUGACACACCGCCGAGAAGCGUCCAUGCUGAUGGAGACUCACACCACAGCACAGACCCAGCCCAUGUGGCCGAGCAGUUACACGGACGACUGACGAAACACGUCUAUGCGCGUCAGGUUCAGUCAGCGUCAGACUCUGUGCUUGUCAAGACUGUCAUCCAUCUUGUUCGCCAGAAUGGCGCAACUAUUGGAACAUAUACACUUGCAACAUUGCCAGCAACUGUAUCGAACUCAGAGCUUGGUGUCAUCACAAUUCCCUCAGAAACAAACUCUCCAAUUAUUGUGCCCUCCCUCUCGGAAGAGACUCCAGCAUCCCAGACGGCUCCCGCCACUGUUUCAGCAACUGGAAUACCAUCCUUGUCUGAGGUUCCAACCCUCUCCAGCGUCGUCGACUCGGCGUCCAUCCCUCCAGCUUCACAACCACAGCCACCCACAUCUGAUCCUGCAUCAUCCGCGAUUAUUACCCAGCCCACAAAUAUCCAUCUAGCCCCUUCUUCGCCUCCCUCAGCCGUCCCUAUCCUGUCGUCGCCGCCACCCGUCUCUUCGGACGUUUACCCUGAUACAUUUUCAUCCGCCAGCUCAACCCUCAUCGUCCCGUCUCUGUCAGACAGCGAGACCGUCACUAUUUCCCCAAGUAUCCAGACCACUAUUCCAUCGAUCUCUGCGGAUUCAACUUCUUUUGUCUUCACGAACUCCACUUCUACCCCUACUACAAUAACAUCGACCUCGUCAUUCUCAAUUGCUACUUCUUCAUCCACGUAUUCGAAAACAUCGACUGUCCUCCACGUUGGUGGGGGUGGGAUUUUCCCAACCGACAACGGUGGAUCGGGGCCGACCGAUUCCUUUACUGAGAAUCAGGAUUCAGACAGCGAAAAUCUCUCUCCACCACGCAUUAUCGGAGCUGUUGUUGGCUCGGUUUCUGGUUUCGUUCUGAUCUUACUGAUAAUCCUGUUUGCAAUCCGUUCUCGGAAACGCAAAUCUUCGCAAAUCCGUGCCCUGUCUGAUACCUCAGACCGGGAUUUGAUGGUCGGAAGAGGGCCUACCGCGCGUAGUGACUUUCAUAUCAGUCCUCGUUCGAGCGUUAUCAUCGCAAACUUCUUUGCCCCAGCGCGAGCUCUCAGCCGAUGGAGAAACUCGGGCCAAUUGAUCCGAUCGGAAGAAUUCACACCAGCUCAACGCGGCUUCGAAAAACUCGGAGGCAGAAAGCUCAAGUCCGUCUUGGAGACAGGCGGCGAUGGCUAUGAUAACGAGUUCGGGGUCAGCGAGAAAGUUUACGAGUCUGGGGCUUUGGCGAAAGAGUUAGGAAGAGUCGGUGUCGCAUCUCCAUCAUACAACCCCCAAACCGACAAAGAAGCCGGUCAAUCUCGAAGUAUUCCCUCUCCACCGCUUGGUCGUCCUGCGUCGCGGGACAGCGACACAUCCGAACAAGUCUUGUUCCGCCCAUCUCCUGCGAGAGCAGUCACCACUGAAAGCUCUAUCUCCAGAGUGAGCCUGCCCACCAGUGCUAGAACCGGCAUCACCACUCAGACGUCGCAGCCCCACCCACCACCACGCUCGCCGCUGAGAACUUUCUCAAGCGAUGCUGUGGGUAGAAGCCAUCAUAGCGCGGACGGCAGUCGUGCCAGUCGAUUCACUGAGGGAAUUUAAAUUGUCUUUUUUUUGUUUAUGUUGUGUCCAUGUGAAAAAUACCGGAUUGCGGGGCAUUUUUUCUGGUGAUGGUUUAUGCAUUUUACCCCUUUUCUUCACCUUCUGUCGGAGUUUAUAUUUUGCUGUCGUGUGCAUCUUUUGAGUCUUAUGGUCAUAUGAGGUCGCGUUGGUGGUGCAUUUUUAUCAACGUAGUGUGCUUUGUUUAACCCCCUUAUGAUCAUGGUUGUUUCCGUCACUGACUCCUGUCUUCUAUUGUUCCUUUUAAUGAAAAAUGGGACAAGAAAUAGGAUCUGCUGUCUGCAAUGCUUGUAUGUUUGUGUGAAUAGCGUAGCACUGUUAAUAUGAGAGAACAGAAAGGGCGGCUUGUGCCAUCA